ACUGCCCUUUCCAACUGCUCCAGAACUCUUGGCCCCGGCAUUCCGUGAUGUAAAUUAUUCCACGCAUGGCUCGAAAUGGGUGCGAAGCAGUGUUGCCAGGUGUCGGAUCACUAGUUUGUCAUGGAUGAUGAUGAUGACUCGUGUCUCCUUGAUCUUAUCGGAGACCCACAAGCACUGAACUAUUUUCUACAUGGACCUAGUAAUAAAUCUAGCAAUGAUGACUUGACUAAUGCAGGAUAUUCUGCAGCCAAUUCAAAUUCAAUUUUCGCCAACUCCAGUAAUGCUGAUCCUAAGUCAUCCCUCAAAGCUGUAAGCAACCAGCUUGGAGAAGGGCCCAGUGAUGGACUGCCACUCUCAAGUAGCCUUCAGUUUCUGGAAGAUGAACUUGAGUCUUCUCCUCUUCCCGAUCUCAGUGAGGACCAACCUUUCGACAUUCUUCAGAAAUCCUUGCAAGAGGCCAAUAUCACUGAACAGACAUUGGCCGAAGAGGCAUAUUUGGAUGCCAGUAUAGGUUCAAGCCAACAGUUUGCACAAGCUCAGCUUCAUCCUUCUUCAUCAGCAUCCUUUACUCAGGCUUCUAAUGUUUCGAAUUACUCAGGUCAGACGCUGCAGCCUAUAGGGGUGACUCACGUGCCUGUCGGAGCAUCGUUUGCAAGCAAUACGGUGGGUGUACAACAUGGCUUUAUGCAACACGUGGGCAUCAGUGUUCCCAGCCAGCAUCUAUCUAACAGCAGCCAGAUUAGUGGCUCUGGUCAAAUACAGCUAAUUGGGUCAUUUGGUAAUCAGCCUUCCAUGAUGACUAUUAAUAACCUAGAUGGAUCUCAAAUCAUAUUGAAAGGCAGCGGGCAGCAAGCCCCGUCAAACGUGAGUGGAGGGCUCCUGGUCCACAGACAGACUCCUAACGGCAACUCGUUGUUUGGGAACUCCAGUUCCAGUCCAGUAGCACAGCCUGUCACCGUUCCAUUUAACAGCACAAACUUUCAGACAUCUUUACCCGUGCAUAACAUCAUCAUACAGAGGGGUCUUGCACCAAAUUCAAAUAAAGUCCCAAUUAAUAUCCAGCCAAAGCCUAUCCAGAUGGGUCAGCAGAAUACAUACAAUGUGAACAAUUUGGGAAUACAGCAGCACCACGUUCAACAAGGGAUCUCUUUUGCCUCUGCCAGCUCACCCCAGGGCUCCGUCGUCGGUCCGCACAUGUCCGUGAACAUUGUAAACCAACAAAACACAAGAAAACCAGUCACCUCACAGGCAGUGAGCAGUGCUGGGGGUAGUAUCGUUAUUCAUUCUCCCAUGGGCCAGCCUCACACGCCCCAAAGUCAGUUCCUCAUACCCACAAGCCUUUCCGUCAGUUCCAACUCGGUACACCACGUCCAGACCAUAAAUGGGCAACUGCUUCAGACUCAACCUUCUCAGCUCAUCUCCGGCCAAGUGGCCUCAGAGCAUGUCAUGUUGAACAGAAACUCUUCCAACAUGCUCAGGACCAACCAACCGUAUUCUGGGCAGAUGCUGAAUAACCAGAAUGCUGCCGUCCAGUUGGUGUCUGGGCAGACGUUUGCUGCCUCUGGAAGCCCCGUGAUAGUCAAUCAUGCCUCUCCUCAGAUCGUUGGUGGACAGAUGCCCUUGCAGCAGGCAUCACCAACUGUAUUACACCUGUCACCUGGGCAGAGCAAUGUCUCCCAAGGAAGACCCGGCUUCACCCCCAUGCCCUCGGUGACCAGCAUGUCAGGACCCAGUCGGUUCCCUGUUGUCAGCUCCUCCAGCACUGCCCAUCCUAGUCUUGGGUCUGCGGUUCAGUCGGGUGUGUCAGGAUCAAACUUUACGGGAGACCAGCUGACUCAGACAAACAGGACUCCAGUACCGGUCAGCGUGUCUCAUCGUCUUCCAGUUUCUUCUUCCAAAUCUACCAGCACCUUCAGUAACACACCUGGAGCGGGAAGCCAGCAGCUCUUCUGUCAGGCCCAGAAAAAAGGUUUGAAUCAGACUUCCCCCAUUGCUGCUUCCAAGACCACGGAAGGCCUGAGGCAGGCACAGAUUCCUGGCCUCCUGAACACCACGCUGCCAGGGCAGGAUUCUGGAAGCAAAGUCAUGCCGGGGUCCUUAGGAACCACGCAGCCACAGCAGGAAAAAGUAGUUGGAUCAUCUCCCAGCCAGCCGGCCGUGCAGGUGGAUAGUCACUCAGGAGGACAAAAGCGGCCUGCUGCAAAACAGCUAACUAAAGGAGCUUUCAUUCUCCAGCAGUUACAGAGGGACCAAGCCCACGCUGUGACACCCGAUAAAAGUCAGUUCCGAUCGCUAAGAGAUGCGGUACAGAGGCUCCUGUCCUACCACGUGUGCCAGGGCUCCAUGCCCACGGAGGAGGACUUGAAGAAAGUCGACAAUGAAUUUGAAACAGUUGCCACUCAGCUCCUAAAAAGGACCCAAGCUAUGCUUAACAAAUACAGAUGCCUGCUUCUAGAAGAUGCCAUGCGGAUCAAUCCCUCUGCUGAGAUGGUGAUGAUCGACAGAAUGUUCAACCAGGAGGAGAGAGCUUCUCUGUCCCGAGACAAGCGUCUGGCACUUGUAGAUCCUGAGGGUUUUCAGGCUGAUUUCUGUUGUUCCUUCAAACUUGAUAAAGCUGCUCCCGAGACCCAGUUUGGCCGGAGUGACCAGCACGGCAGCAAAGCCGCCAGCUCUCUACACCUGACCGCCAAGGCCCAGGGCCGAGACCGAGCUAAACCAGGCCUGGCAGAACCAACGAAUCAUGACCAAUUUCAUCUAGUGCCUAAUCACAUUGUGGUCUCCGCAGAAGGAAACAUUUCUAAAAAAACUGAAUGCCUCGGCAGAGCACUGAAAUUUGAUAAGGCGGGCUUAGCUCAGUACCGGAGUGCGUCCGAGGAGAAAGGCAGCCGGAGAGAAUCCCUGAAGGCCAGCGAGUGCUCUCCCGGCCCCGAAGGGCCCCGGAAAACCUCAUCCCGAGCGGAUCAUGGAACUGAGAGCAAACUCUCCAGUAUCCUAGCAGAUUCUCACUUGGAGAUGACGUGUAACAAUUCCUUCCAGGACAAAACUCUGAGGAAUUCUCCAAAGAAUGAAGUUUUACACACAGACAUCAUGAAAGGGUCGGGUGAGCCCCAGCCAGAUCUGCAGCUCACUAAGAGUUUAGAAACAACAUUUAAGAACAUCUUGGAACUCAAAAAGGCUGGGCGGCAGCCCCAGAGUGACCCCGCGGUUAGCGGCUCGGUUGAGUUAGAUUUCCCCAACUUUUCUCCAAUGGCUUCGCAGGAAAACUGCCUGGAAAAGUUCAUCCCGGACCACAGUGAAGGCAUUGUAGAAACUGACUCCAUUUUAGAAGCAGCUGUAAAUAGUAUCCUGGAGUGUUAAUAGCCACAGCCCUUCCCUACCCGCCCCGAGACCCCAGCCCCGGACAAGUCACGUUCUUUCCUGGCAAAAGCAAAUGGAAGCGGUCUCCUGUCUCCAGCCUGCUUGAUCUUUCAUCACAGGUGGUUCUUUCUGAUCUCGAUCCCAUUCUUUGUUUCAGAGCAAUACUCGUCGUGGUUACAGGGAGAUCCCUUCGCGAAACGAAUCCUUGUUAGAGAGCAGUCUGAUAGGCCCGACACAUUUCAAGUGUUACGAAAGUGCUUAUUAAUAGUCAUUUCUGUGUUUGUUUACGUGUUUUAAUUUAAAACGAAACAAAACACCGUUAACUCGCUGAGAUCACAGUACACUUGGCCCUGGGUAAAAUUCUGACAAUCAUAAGUCAUUUGAAAAGAACAGACUUAUUAUUAAAGAAAAUCAAACAGGACUGAUAGAAGCUACUUUUUAAAGAAUAUCCCACCGCAUCUCCAAAUGUUGCCGUUUGGGGUCUGUUGUCAUCGUCGUCGGGAGGGUGGACCACCGGCUCGAGCCCCCUCAGCCAUCCCUGAGCGGUGAGUUGCCGGCUGCUCUGCCGGGGACGCCGCAGCACCCCCCCACCCUCCCCAAGAAGCAGCCAGUAGCACACCAGCAGGGCACGUGCAGGGCUUCCUUGCUCAUCGUUCAAGUGCUUUUCUGACGCUCCCAGAGCAAAGCCUCAUGCUUUUCAGCCGGUGCGUGUUGAGUUUCAUCUAGGGAAUGCUCUGUUCUUAGUUGCAACAGCAUGACUUGAGAUCAUUUCACCAGGCUAAAUAAAGGAAAACGGAAACCAGUUAAGUGGCACAGUGUACAGGGGAGGCCGGGAUAGAGCCUUGAGGAAUAUAAUAUGUAUAUAUGUAAAAGCAUAUAUAUGUGAACUAUUGAGAAAAAAAAAAAAACAAGCGUUUUGCAUUUU